AUGGACAGAUUUAUUUUCUCUUGCAUACUUUUGCAUUUUUCUACCAUCGAUUCAUCUCAUUUUCGUGGUGGAACAAUCACAUCCCGUCCUUACAACAAUACUGCAUCAGGCACUUCGAUCGAUGUUAUUGUGCGAGAACGAUGGUCAUGGCGUCGAAGUGCAUACUCUCCCAAUUGCUCUCCUGCUACCAUUGCUGCACAAACUCCCAAGAUCGGUGAUUCAAACACCCUCAACUGCGUAUCUGGUACAUGUGGUAGUUAUUGGACUGGCAUGCCUGUGCCCACUUACUGCACGGAUUUCAGUGCUCCUCUCGAUGUGGCUUCUGGUGAAUAUUAUCAAACAUACACAAUACCAAUCAACACGACAUUCAGUAUCGCUUUUUCAUCGAGUGCUUGGUUUGCCGCUCUUGUUGUCGGAGGUGGUGGAAGUUGGGCUGUUGUCGGUCGAAUCAGCACCAUCCUUCGACCUGAUGGCUAUCUCAACACAAGUCCCGUUGCUGUCAGUCUUCCCAUUCUCUACAAACAGAUUAACGUUCAACAGGUACACGUUGUUCAAAUGUCUGAUUUCGAUGGCACUGACAUCUUACAAUGUCGAUGGUCCGUUGGAGGAACAUCAACUAUCAAUCAGUAUAAUGAAUGUGCUGGUGUAUGUAAUGGUGUGCCUGGUGCUAAUCUCAUUGGAGCGAACUGUACAAUUGUGUUCACUCUUACAAAUUCCAAUACUUAUGCUGCAGCUGCAUUGCAAAUCGAAGAUUUCUACAAUGCUGCAGCAUUGUCAGCAAAUAAACCAAUGACCUCAGUGCCACUUCAGUUUCUUUUCUAUGGUUAUCCGCCACCCACUGGUUGCAGUACACCACCAGCGAUCAUUGGUAGUCGACCAAAUCGAGCUUGCAUUGGUGUAUUAGUUGGUGACAAUGUUACUGAAUUGGUAAUCAUUCAGGUUUAUUGUCCUGGUAAGAGUAUCAUUGACUAUGUAUCGAGUGUACCUGUUGGUAUGACAAAAAGUGCUAUUCAGAAUCCCAGUACUGUUUCAUCUACUGCAGCCGGAUUGAAGCUAAUGAGAGAUUUUAAAUUGGACAAUAUAUUUCCAUGGUCAGGUAAUGUUGACACAAUACAUUUGACAUUCUUGGGGAACCUCGGUAAUAACCAAUUACAAUCAUAA